CAUUGCGGGAGGCCCCGCCCCGUGGAAGAGCUAGCUCCAGGCCCCGCGGUGCGUUUGUGUGCGCGGCGGCUGAGACACGGGCUGGAGGCAGGGCUCGGGAGCUUCGGGGCGGAACCUCGGCGCUGGCGGCGGGGCACGGAGCAGCUCUCUAGACGCGGGGCCCACGCUCAUGGCUGAUGAUGUCAGGUACUAACAACGUCGCCCAGGCCCGGAAGCUGGUGGAGCAGCUGCGUAUCGAAGCAGGGAUAGAACGCAUCAAGGUCUCUAAAGCCUCGUCAGAGCUGAUGAGCUACUGUGAGCAGCAUGCCCGGAGCGACCCCUUGCUGGUGGGUGUACCAGCCUCUGAGAACCCGUUCAAAGACAAAAAGCCUUGCAUAAUCCUCUAGUCCUCUUUCUCUCUGUCCCCUCCCAAGGCCUUUUCCAAUUUCUACUGUGAGAAAAGUAUUUGUGUCCCUCCCGCUUUGAACUCCUGAAGGAACAGAAACCGACCUGAAUGCCCAGAUCUUCACGGCUGGCAUGGAGUGUGUGACUCGGCCGGGGGCUCGGGCUGCCUGGCCUAGCAAGGGUGCCGGCCUCCUCCCCCUGCCCCCUCCCGCCAGGCAUCGCUGGGGACCUGAGCUGGGUGACCGUCCUUAAGGCUCCCGUAGUCAGCGCUGGGGGAGGGCCCACAGGCCAAGUGCACGCCUGGCGGCCAUGAGGACCCCGGUUGCGACCCUUCAUCCCACGUUUAAAAAAUAUCCAGGGGCCGGCCACGCAUCUGUGCCCCAGCGCUCGGGAGGCUGAGACGGGAGGGUCCCCCGGGCUUGGGGGAUAGCCGUCUUGGCUGUCAGUGAGCUGGGGGCCAGUGAGGGACCCUGCCUCCACCACAAGGCUGAGUUAGACAGGGGAGGGCAGGCGCUGACCGCCAGCUCCGCCUCGGACACACACAAUGCGCUGUGCUGCCCAGCGCCCCCCCCUCCCGUGUGGCCCUGUCAUGUGCACACACAGCGGCUUCCUUCUCCGGAGACCUGGUCCAUUCCAGAAACGGACCUCCAGGUCUCCACGCACACAGAGCGCUUGCUGGUGCGGCCGAGUGUGUGAUGUUGCCCCCCAAGCCUGAGGCCCGGGUGGGCGCCGGCAGCUCCCCACUCUCUCCCGGUUUCCCAGGUGAUUGUGAGGGCAGAAGUGCAGCUUUGGUUGUCUUGGGGCUGUUGAGAAGGCGUCAUGGCGUUCUGCAUCCACGUGGGUCUCCAGAUCCCUCCUCCUGCCUAGAUCAAACCCUUUCCAACUCAACCCAAGACCCUCAGGGUGAGGACUGUGGAGCGGUUGUGCCCUGCGCCCUCAGAGAGGGGGGUGGGGAGGAUGUUAAGCGGAGGCUCCGCUUCUGCGCACGCGCACGCCCAGCCCCUCACUCAAGGACUCUAGGCAGAAGCUCCACCCCUGGCCACGCCCCGGGCAUCUAGGUGGGCCCCAACCCCGAGCCAGGCCUGUACCCCUGUUUGGUCUAAGAGUCUAGGCUGGCCCGGAACUGAAGCUCUUCCUGCCUCCGCCCGGGCUUGCACACCUGGCCGAGGGACCCGCCCCCACGGGUGACAGCCAUAGCGGCAGGUGUCAGGACAGGAGGCUUGGCUGUGCCAGUGCGCCCUGCAGCCUGACCUCAGAGGCACCCCACGCAGCAGGGGGACCUCGGGCUCCAGAGUCCCCGUGACCUCUCCCUCCCGCCGCGCAGCAGAAAGCGAGCUGCUCCGGUUACGCCCUGUGGCCCUGAUGGGAAUCAGCUUCCAGAAGCCUGUGCCAGGCUGGUCCACGGACAGUUGCCCAAGUAGCCCACGGGGAGGGUGAAUGGGGCCCGCACACCCCGGCUCAUCUCCCAGCCCUCCAGGCACAACCUACCUCCUAGGCAAGGUGGCAGGCCCCAGACUCCAUUUCCACGGGGGCAUGAGUUCGGGUAGACAUUGCAGGUGCUAAGAGGGGCCCCCAUUGCCCCCUCCGCGGGCUGGCUCCCAGAGGGUGCAGGGUGAGGGCCAGGCCCCUCCGUGCAUCGGCUCCCCGUUGCUACCCAGGAAGAGCCAGGCCUUUGGGGAGCCUGCUUCCCCAAACGUGUGUGGGUGGAGCAGAAAACCAGUGUCUCCCUAAGACGACAGCCACCUUGCUUUAGGCUGGGAUUGGGGUCCCGGGGUGCAUGUCCCAGCCAGACUGUCAGGGGACAGCAAGGAGAGAAAAAGCAGGUUCUGCAGACUGGGGCUGUGGCCCAGUGGGCAGAGCACCCACCCGGCAUGCAAAAAACCCAGGGCUCCACCCCCCCAGCUUUCGGAAACCAGGCACGGGCACAUUGGGGAAGUGGAGGCAGGGGGAUCAGGGCAUCAGGGUCAUCCUCAGCUACAUAAUGGGUUCAAGGCCAGUCUGGGCUACACAAGACAAUGUCUCAAAAAACAGAGAAUUCAGUGCACUCUCCCACAGCCCCCGCCACGACGCUCCCCUCGGAGAGGUGGCCAGCCUGGCCAGUCGUGUUUGCUCUCAGCUUUUCCUUCCCCCACUCCGGGAACAAACCUCAAGUCAGCGCCCGUGCCCAGGCCACUAGUGCCCUCUCCCCAAGUGACUCCCAUCAAGGACAGAGCGGCCUCGUGUUCCCAGGAAAGGUGGGACAUCCGUGGCCCCUGUAUUGAGCCCCCAUGGUCCCUGUGACCCCUAUGACCACCGGAGCCCUGCCUCAGCUUGGGGACACUGCAAGCAGAACAAGGCAUAGGCAGGCGGAUCUCUGUGGUCGAGGCCAGCCUGGGCUACAGAGUGAGUCCAGGACAGCCAAGGAUAUAGAGACACUGUCUGAAAGAAGAAAGAGAGAAAGAGGAGUCAGACCUACUCCAGCAUGGGCGACCAGCAGGGACUUCCAGCUAAGGAGGAUGGGAGGCUGCAUCCUACUGGAAGCCAUACACAGACAUGACCUGACACAGCCUUCCUGUUCCCUCACCCUGCUCCAGGGCUGGCUCCUCCUCCUUCCCUGUGCUUUGUGACACCGGUCGCUUUUAACUUCUGAUUUUAACACCCCCCCCAUGUGCCACGCCCUCACAGUGUUCGUGUUGUGUGGAAUGAGGUCACGGUCGGGUGAAUCCUCCAUAAUAAAAGGCUCACGUUUCCUUUG